UUGACAGGAAGGGGCGGCAUGAAGGAGGAGCAGCUGCGGCGGUACAAACUUCUGCUUAGCCGCUCCACUCCUCGUCUUCCUGCCACCUUGCACCAGCGUACUCGCCUCCCCAGGACGGUAAACUUGUACAAACCCAGAAAAUGUACCGGUACUUAGGAGAACUACUCACCCGGGGAGCGGGCAGCGUCCUGGCUUCAGGCUGCUCCGCUGUCGCCGCUGACUCGGCAGUCCCGGUGUCCGCUUCCCUGCUGCGGUAUCGCGGUUACAGUCAGGCCGUGGACCGAGAUGACGACCCGAACUUCUUCACCAUGGUGGAGGGCUUCUUCGACCGCGGCGCUGCUAUCGUGGAGGACAAGCUGGUGGAGGACGUGAAGACCCGGGAGAGCCCCGAACAGAAGAGGAAACGUGUCCGCGGGAUCUUGCGGAUUAUUAAGCCGUGUAACCACGUCCUGAGCGUCAGCUUCCCCAUCAGGAGAGACAGCGGAGAGUGGGAGGUGAUAGAGGGCUACCGGGCUCAGCACAGCCAGCAUAGGACGCCCUGCAAGGGAGGGAUCCGGUACAGCACCGACGUGUCCGUCGAUGAGGUGAAAGCUCUGGCUUCCUUGAUGACCUACAAAUGUGCUGUUGUUGACGUGCCAUUCGGUGGAGCCAAAGCUGGAGUGAAGAUCAACCCCAAGAACUACUCGGACACAGAGCUGGAGAAAAUCACCAGGAGGUUCACCAUCGAGCUCGCUAAGAAAGGCUUCAUCGGUCCUGGUAUCGACGUUCCUGCUCCUGACAUGAGCACCGGGGAGAGGGAAAUGUCGUGGAUCGCAGACACCUUCGCCACCACCAUGGGACACUACGACAUCAACGCUCACGCCUGCGUCACCGGGAAGCCCAUCAGCCAGGGAGGAAUCCACGGCCGGAUCUCCGCCACCGGCCGCGGAGUCUUCCAUGGUAUCGAGAACUUCAUUAACGAAGCGUCCUACAUGAGUCAGCUGGGGAUGAGUCCCGGCUUCCAGGACAAGACCUUCGUCAUCCAGGGCUUCGGGAAUGUCGGUCUUCACUCCAUGCGUUACCUUCAUCGCUUCGGAGCCAAGUGUGUGGGAGUCGGAGAAGUGGACGGAAACAUCUGGAACCCCAAGGGCAUCGACCCGAAAGAACUGGAGGACUACAAACUGGCCAACGGCACCAUCGUCGGCUUCCCAAACUCAACGCCGUAUGAAGGAAACAUCCUGGAGGCCAACUGUGACAUCCUGAUUCCCGCCGCCAGCGAGAAACAACUGACCAAGAGCAACGCGCACAAGAUCAAGGCCAAGAUCGUUGCAGAGGGAGCCAACGGUCCGACCACACCCGAGGCCGACCGGAUCUUCCUGGAGAGGAACAUCCUGGUGAUCCCGGACAUGUAUCUGAACGCCGGCGGCGUCACCGUUUCCUACUUCGAGUGGUUGAAGAACCUGAAUCACGUCAGUUACGGUCGACUCACCUUCAAAUACGAGCGGGACUCCAACUACCACCUGCUGAUGUCGGUCCAGGAGAGUCUGGAGCGGAAGUUUGGGAAACAUGGUGGUGCUAUUCCUGUCGUUCCCACCUCUGAGUUCCAGGCCCGGAUCGCUGGUGCGUCUGAGAAGGACAUCGUCCACUCAGGUCUGGCCUUCACCAUGGAGCGCUCAGCACGGCAAAUCAUGCGAACAGCCAACAAAUACAACCUGGGACUGGACCUGCGGACGGCGGCGUACGUCAACGCCAUCGAGAAGGUGUUCAGAGUUUACAGCGACUCCGGCCUCAUCUUCACAUAAACUCACCAAGUUUACAGCCCACACCUUACCUGUCCACUUGUCACCUGUCCACCUGUAACAAUCCCACCUCUGACCUCUCACCUGUCCACUUGUCACCUGUCCACCUGUUACAUCCCACAUCUUACCUGUUACCUGUCCACCUGUUACCUAUCCACCUCUCACUUGUUACCUGUCCACCUGUAACAAUCCCACCUCUCACCUGUCCACUUGUCACCUGUCCACCUGUUACAUCCCACAUCUUACCUGUUACCUAUCCACCUCUCACUUGUUACCUGUCCACCUGUAACAAUACCACCUCUGACCUCUCACCUGUCCACUUGUCACCUGUCCACCUGUUACAUCCCACAUCUUACCUGUUACCUGUCCACCUGUUACCUAUCCACCUCUCACUUGUUACCUGUCCACCUGUAACAAUCCCACCUCUCACCUGUCCACUUGUCACCUGUCCACCUGUUACAUCCCACAUCUUACCUGUUACCUAUCCACCUCUCACUUGUUACCUGUCCACCUGUAACAAUACCACCUCUGACCUCUCACCUGUCCACUUGUCACCUGUCCACCUGUUACAUCCCACAUCUUACCUGUUACCUGUCCACCUGUUACCUAUCCACCUCUCACUUGUUACCUGUCCACCUGUAACAAUCCCACCUCUCACCUGUCCACUUGUCACCUGUCCACCUGUUACAUCCCACAUCUUACCUGUUACCUAUCCACCUCUCACUUGUUACCUGUCCACCUGUAACAAUACCACCUCUGACCUCUCACCUGUCCACUUGUCACCUGUCCACCUGUUACAUCCCACAUCUUACCUGUUACCUGUUCACCUGUUACCUAUCCACCUCUCACCUGUUACCUGUCCACCUGUAACAAUCCCACCUCUCACCUGUCCACUUGUUACCUGUCCACCUGUAACAAUACCACCUCUGACCUCUCACCUGUCCACUUGUCACCUGUCCACCUGUUACAUCCCACAUCUUACCUGUUACCUGUUCACCUGUUACCUAUCCACCUCUCACCUGUUACCUGUCCACCUGUAACAAUCCCACCUCUCACCUGUCCACUUGUCACCUGUCCACCUGUUACAUCCCACAUCUUACCUGUUACCUAUCCACCUCUCACCUGUUACCUGUCCACCUGACAUCCUUCCUACGAUGUUUCUGAUUGGCUGUUUUCUGCAUGUGUGAGCAGCUGAAGCCUUAAAUCCGACCCGGAACCUCUGAGCUUGAAGUUCGUGGACACCUUCGUUUAAAAGCUGCACUUUUACUGUUUUUUGUUUUGUUUGUUUGUUUUAGCCGAAACUGAAUAAAUAAAAGAUUCAAACAGAAAUUAUAUUUCAUGAGAAGUAAUGAUGGUUAAAGCUGAAGUAAAUAAUAAAACACUUCAGUUUGUGAUGCUUAAAACAACCAAAGAAGCACCAGAUGAUUGAUAAUCAUUGAUUAAAAAAUGGAUCUAUAAGCAGUUUAAACUGGAGCAGACUUUAACGGGUGUCCACACACUUUGAGCUGUGUGUGCACACGUCGUGCAUGUGUGUGUUUUGCUCAUGUGCCUCAGGACUGAAGCUUUAACCUUUAACCAGCUGUUUAAUGAAAGUUCAGCUGUUUGUGUUGCUGAGAAACCAAAACAAGGAGAAAUCCUCGAGUCCUUUUUUUUUAUUUCCAAAUCAUUUUGUGUUAAAGCAGCUGAUCAAUCAUGACGCUGUUGUUUAUUGUAAUUAUUGAUUACUCUGCAGAUUAACUGAUUUCAUUUAAAAGUUUUAUUUAAUUUUUGCAGAAAAACCUCAGAAAUGUUUAUUUUUAGUUUGAUCCAACCUUGAGACGACAAAGUGGGUCAUUCCCAGUGACUCAUCCUGCACUGUGGGGGCGGAGUCUAGAUUUGUGUCCAAUGAAGUGCUCUUGUUUCAUUUGAGCCACCUGGUGGGCGGAGCCUGGUCAGGCCACAGACCAAUCGGAGCAGACCAGAAAUUUGUUAUUUAAUUUUUUACAGAAAACUUGAGCAGUUUUAGGGGACGUUUAAAGUUGAAGAUGAUUAUUCAUUUCUUUGAUUUCUAUCCGUUAAUUUGACAUGUUGCCGUUGGAAACGGGUUCAGUCAAACUGAGAAGUGAUUUAAUAGAGCGGAGGUGCACUUUUCUGUGAGAAGAAACCCUGAAAACUGAUUUAAGUUUCAUUUAAACUCACCAACAGCUGCGCUGAAGGCAACAAUGUAUUUCACCUAUAAAUAAGAGAAGAUUUGUUUCUGAAGCAGGUUAAAAAUCUGUUUUUCAUCUUGUUUUUAGAGCAAAAAACAGCAGAUUUCAGCUUCAUGUUGAGCUUUUUCUUUACAGGAAACUGAACUUUUCACACAUUUAAAUAAUAAAACUAAAGAUUCCUCAGAUUUCUGAGCUUUUAUGUAUAAAAUCAGACAACCUGCAGAUUAAUCAAACAUGAAAUCAUCUUUAUUUUAUUUAAUAGUCUGUGGAGGACAAGGAAACAGCCUUUAUUCCGUUUGUUGAAGCUUUUUGGACAGAAACAGCUUCUGGGUUCAAACGUUGGUCGUGUCUCCGUGUUUCAGUUUGUACUUGGAUCUUCUGAACUUUUAAUGUUUUUCUUUUUUUCUUUCCUGUCUGAUUGUGAAACUUUGUCAUGAAUAAACUAUGCAAACACAUGCUGCUGCUGAUUGGAUGCCACAGCGCCCCCUGUCUGCUGACCUCAGGAGUGGAUGAUGCUCGGGUUCAGCAGGAUCAGAACUGCUUCAUUUUUCUAACUUUCUGUAAAACAGGAUGUUGAAGUCAAAUAAAGCACAAAGAAAGUGA